GAAAGCGCGAAUUCAUACUUACAAUUGACUAAAUUAUCACACAUACAAAUUUUUCACUGCAAGUUUUAGUAUACCCACAAAGUGUGAAAAAUUUUUGGAGCAAAAGUUAUCUAAUCAAUUUGAAAGUAGUGAAAAUUUAAAGAAUUGCAAAACGUGAGAAAAAUAUGUUUGGCUAGGAGAUGUGAGUUUGGUUUGGUGUGUUGAAAAAUUGGGAAAGAAAAAAAAAAUCAUGAUAAUAUUGAACAAUACUAAAAAUUGUAGUUUUCAAGUGGUGAAAUUUCAAAUACGCAACGCCCUCUAGGCAAAGGAAUAAAGUUAAAUUUUGUGAAGCCUCUUGGCGUAAACGAACAUAUUAUAUAUACGUUUAAGGGCAAAAAGUGUUGAAAAUUGGUUAAAAAGCCAAAUACAAAUAUUUAGUGGGUGUUAUGAAAAUAAGAGCUCUUAGAAAUAACUUAUUAAUUUAAUACUCUAAUACAUAUAUACGGGUAUAUAUACAUAUAUAUACUUAUAAAAUACUCAAAAAUGGCACAAUUCGUUACACACAUACAACCAACUUUGCUGGAGGCUUCGCAGGGUCAUGUACCGCACCAUCAUGGCCAUCAAGUCGGCAUACAACAUUCAUCACAUUUGCCACAUAGCGGGCAUAAUAUGCCAUCGCCGCCCACAACGUACAACCAUCAUCCACAUUUGCACCAUCAGCAGCAACAUCAGGAACAACAUUAUCACAACCAUCACCAUAGUCCACCGUCGCAAUUGUCGUCGCCACAAAGUGGCGCCCCAUUACACCAUCGUCACAUUGGCAAGCAUGGAGCCAAACAUGAGCACUUUGGACAUCAUGGUUCAGGAGAUGGAAACACAUCAUUUCUUCGCGCAGCGCGAGCGGGUAACUUGGAGCGAGUUUUGGAACAUUUAAAAAAUAAUAUUGACAUUAACACCAGCAAUGCUAAUGGCUUAAACGCACUGCAUUUGGCUUCCAAAGAUGGACAUAUACACGUCGUAUCUGAAUUGCUGAAACGCGGCGCUAUCGUGGAUAGCGCUACCAAGAAGGGUAACACUGCAUUGCAUAUUGCUUCACUCGCCGGCCAGGAGGAGGUGGUGAAACUCUUGCUCGAACACAAUGCCUCCGUGAACGUACAGUCACAGAAUGGUUUUACGCCACUCUACAUGGCAGCACAGGAAAAUCACGAUUCCGUUGUAAAGCUGCUGCUCGCCAAUGGCGCCAAUCAAAGUCUUGCCACUGAAGAUGGUUUUACACCACUUGCCGUGGCCAUGCAGCAAGGUCAUGAUAAAGUCGUAGCCGUGCUCUUGGAAAGCGAUACACGCGGCAAGGUGCGGUUGCCUGCAUUGCAUAUUGCGGCCAAGAAGGACGAUGUAAAGGCCGCCACAUUACUUUUGGAUAACGAUCACAACCCCGAUGUAACAUCCAAAUCUGGGUUUACACCACUGCACAUUGCUUCCCACUAUGGCAAUCAAGCCAUCGCUACCUUACUAAUUCAAAAAGGCGCCGACGUGAACUUCGCGGCCAAGCAUAAUAUCAGUCCAUUGCAUGUUGCUGCCAAGUGGGGUAAAACCAAUAUGGUUUCAUUGCUUCUAGAGAAGGGUGCUAAUAUUGAAGCUAAGACCCGUGACGGUCUAACGCCGUUGCAUUGCGCAGCACGUUCUGGUCACGAGCAGGUCGUCGAUAUGCUACUGGAGCGCGGCGCACCAAUUAGCGCUAAAACAAAGAACGGUCUUGCUCCGCUGCAUAUGGCAGCACAGGGUGAGCAUGUGGAUGCCGCACGCAUUUUGCUGUACCAUCGUGCGCCCGUUGACGAGGUAACUGUGGACUAUUUGACAGCAUUGCAUGUGGCUGCCCAUUGUGGACAUGUGCGGGUCGCGAAGCUGUUGCUCGAUCGUAAUGCCGACGCCAAUGCACGUGCGCUUAACGGUUUUACGCCGUUGCAUAUUGCGUGCAAGAAGAAUCGCAUAAAGGUGGUGGAAUUGUUGUUGCGUCACGGCGCUAGCAUCAGUGCCACCACAGAGAGUGGUUUGACGCCGCUGCAUGUGGCCGCUUUCAUGGGUUGCAUGAACAUUGUCAUCUAUUUGCUGCAACAUGACGCCAGCCCAGAUGUGCCGACUGUGCGCGGCGAGACACCGCUUCAUUUAGCUGCGCGUGCUAAUCAGACUGAUAUUAUACGCAUUUUGUUGCGCAAUGGCGCUCAGGUGGAUGCACGCGCACGGGAGCAACAAACCCCAUUGCAUAUUGCUUCGCGGCUCGGCAAUGUUGAUAUUGUAAUGCUGUUAUUGCAGCAUGGCGCUCAAGUGGAUGCCACCACCAAGGAUAUGUAUACUGCUUUACACAUUGCUGCCAAAGAGGGUCAGGAUGAGGUCGCUGCUGUUUUGAUUGAAAAUGGCGCAGCCUUGGACGCUGCUACGAAGAAAGGCUUCACACCACUACAUUUGACCGCCAAAUAUGGUCAUAUCAAAGUUGCUCAAUUGUUGCUGCAAAAGGAGGCGGAUGUGGAUGCCCAAGGCAAGAAUGGCGUCACUCCGUUGCAUGUUGCCUGUCAUUACGACAAUCAGAAAGUCGCUUUAUUAUUGUUGGAGAAGGGCGCUAGCCCUCAUGCAACAGCCAAAAAUGGGCAUACACCAUUGCAUAUUGCUGCACGUAAAAAUCAAAUGGAUAUUGCUACAACUUUGUUGGAAUAUGGCGCACAAGCUAAUGCUGAGAGCAAAGCUGGUUUCACACCAUUGCACUUGAGUUGCCAGGAGGGUCACGCUGAAAUAUCGAAUUUGCUCCUCGAACAUAAGGCUGGUGUCAAUCAUCCAGCCAAGAAUGGUCUUACUCCGAUGCAUUUGUGUGCACAAGAAGAUAACGUGAAUGUAGCUGAAAUUCUACAACGUAACGGUGCUAAUAUUGACAUGGCCACCAAAGCCGGGUACACACCCUUACAUGUAGCUGCCCAUUUCGGCCAAGCAAAUAUGGUGCGCUUUUUAUUGCAUCACGGUGCUAACGUAGAUGCGGCUACAUCAAUCGGUUAUACACCACUUCAUCAGACCGCACAGCAAGGCCAUUGCCACAUUGUUAAUCUACUAUUGGAGCAUAAAGCGAAUGCCAAUGCACAGACGGUCAACGGACAGACACCGCUGCAUAUUGCACGCAAAUUGGGUUAUAUCAGUGUUUUGGAUUCUUUGAAAUCGAUUACAAGUGAACCGGACGCUGCAACGCAAAAUCAAACCGAUGAAAAGUAUCGCGUUGUCGCCCCAGAGGCAAUGCAUGAAUCAUUUAUGUCGGACUCAGAAGAGGAAGGUGGCGAAGAUAAUAUGCUUUCCGAUCAGCCAUACCGUUAUUUGACAGUUGAUGAAAUGAAAUCCUUAGGCGAUGAUUCCUUGCCGAUCGAUGUUACACGCGAUGAACGUAUUGAUUCUAAUCGCAUGAUGACCCAUAGCGCUGAGUAUGCUGGCGGUGUUGGAGGUCAACCGCAGCAACAGGCUAUUGCAGAAGAGCUGAUUAGUCCACAUAAAGCACAGAUACAUGGCGCUGGUAAAUCCAUAGUGGAUGGCAUUUAUAUGGCCAAUGGUCUUAAUGAGGAACAAAAAUAUGUGGGCCGAAAGCUUUCAUGGAAGAGUUUUCUUGUUUCGUUCCUUGUCGAUGCACGCGGCGGUGCAAUGCGUGGUUGUCGCCAUAGUGGAGUACGCAUGAUUAUACCGUCUCGUUCCACUUGCCAACCGACUCGAGUCACUUGUCGCUAUGUAAAACCACAACGCACCAUGCAUCCACCCCAACUAAUGGAGGGUGAAGCCCUGGCUAGCCGUGUGUUGGAGCUGGGACCAGUUUCGACGAAAUUUAUUGGCCCCGUUAUCAUGGAAGUACCACAUUUUGCAUCACUGCGCGGCAAAGAGCGUGAAAUUAUCAUAUUGCGUUCGGAUAACGGUGAAACCUGGCGAGAGCAUACAAUUGAUAAUUCUGAAGAAAUCAUGCAUGAUGUGAUGCAACAAUGCUUUGAGCCCGAAGAAAUUGCACAACUUGAAGAGCAAGCCGGUAAUCACGUUUGCCGUUUUGUUACAUAUGACUUUCCACAAUACUUUGCUGUGGUCUCACGCAUACGUCAAGAGGUGCAUGCCAUUGGACCAGAGGGUGGCAUGGUAUCCAGCACUGUGGUGCCACAGGUGCAGGCCGUUUUCCCGCAAGGUGCACUCACCAAAAAGAUCAAAGUGGGCUUGCAGGUAAAUCUCUUUAAACCACGCAAAGGUGUUGCACCAGAAAAGUUGCGCAAAAUCAGCGUCAAUCAUGUACCAAAGAAGAAGCGCUUUUCGCUUAUUUGGUAAAAUACUUAUAGAUAUAUACAUAAAUGAGAACAAGAACAGCUAUUAUUAUAGUUAACUUUAUAUUCAUACAUUUAUAUAUGUAUUUCAGAAAUAUCAAGAACAAUAACUUAUCAAAAUUAUUUAUUAAGUUAUUAUACAACCUAAAUAUGUUCUCAACAAAAAACAAAACAAAAAAGAAGAAAAUUAUAACAAUAAUAACCAAUACGCAUUUAUACAUUAGAAAAGAAAUGACUAAGUAACUAAGAAUUAUAGUAAAGUAGAAUAAAUAAAAUAUUUGGCUUUCCCAAAAUCUGUGGCUCCAGAGCUUAAAAAAAAAUUAAACGCCGAGAAGUAAUACAAAAAAUUAAUAAUUUAUAUUAUAUAUACCUAUAUCUAGCCCUCCGUAGAUUGAUACUCUAUAUGUAUUCCCUCUUACGUAAUUUCAUUUAGUCAUAUGUCUUAAAUUAAUGGCACAAACAUUGCAUUGGCUCGUAAUUUUCAUUAUCGGUGCAUCAAUAAUUUUUUUUUGAUUUCUCCUGUGAAUAGUUUGUAAAAAUUCAAUGGUUGCAUAAAUGCUCUUGUAAGAAGAAGAACAGAAUGGGAAAUGGAAUCAAACAAAUAUAGUAGAACCAAAAAGUCUUAAUUUAUUGUAUAGGCCGAAUGGGUUGGUCCGUGAUUACCAUUCGGUUGUGCCCGGGCUCGAGACUCUUUGCUAAUGAUAGAAAGUUUUUCCUAGUAGCGGUCACCCUUCAGCAGGCAAUGGCAAAUCUCUGAGUAUAUUUCUGUCACUGAAAAGUUUCUCAUAAAAACUAUCUGCCAUUCAGAGGCGGCAUAAAACUGUAGAUCCCUUCCUUUGUGGAACAACAUCAAAACGUGGAACUCGGCUAAAUACCCAACAAAGGGUGUAAGUGCCAAUUAUGUAUAAUUUAGAGGUAUCGGAUUUCUUUUAAAGAUAAUUCCUUUGAAAUGUUGGCCACAACUGCGCCAUGAUUUGGCCAUCCGUAAACAUCAAUUUUGAAUGACUCACUGGAGGAUUUUGGCCGCUACCUCGUGAAUAACUUUAGUUAUGUUGGCUUCCACGUUUAUCCACAAAACAUUUACACUUUACAUAACUCCACAAAUAAAAGUCCAAAGGUGUGAUAUCGACCAUCUUGGUGGUCAAUCCGCCGGUCCGAGAUGAGAGGUAAAUCGCAACCGAUACGACGACGCAGAAAAUCCAUUGUUUCAUGAGCUGUAUGACAAGUAGUGCCGUCUUGUAGAAGAAAAAUGGGCCAAUGAUUCCUCCAGCCCAUAGGCCGCACCAAACGGUUGUUUUAAAUGGAUGUAAUGGGUGUUCUUGAAUGGCUCCUUACAUUAUUUACAGACCAGGUUUGAACUAUUGAGAUAUCUCGAUCCUAUUUAGUUCCUGGUCGUUGUUAACACGCCGAAAAUACACGGAAUUUCCAUGUGAAAUGCCUUCUCAAGGUUUUGCAAGAAUUAUUAGCCAAGGGUCUACAAACCUUCUUCUGUUAUGGCCCAGAAAGCAGAUAAAGUAUUGUAGCUCCACAGUAAUUCACAGUUUUGUCAGUCUGCUAAUUAAAUAAAUCCAUGUGAGAGUUCUUUUAUUACAAAGAUCUCAUUUCCAUGCAAUAGUCGUAUUUUGCCUUAAGAAGCUCAUGUAAGCCAAGGAAUUUUGCCAAUGAAAGGACUGCUCUUCUUCUUCUUCUUCUUUUUAGUUUUGCAUUGAAAGUGUUAGGAUGAUGAUAAAUUUCCUUGCCAAUCCGUCUGCUUUACACUUACGCACAAUACCUCGGCGGUGGCUUGCAGUCUAAUUAAAUAGUUAGGUUAGGUUAGCCUGGUUGCUUGUCUAAUAAAAGACACAGAGAGCAUUUUGCAAGUUUCCCAGGUCUUCAAAGAAAUAAUCGCCAAGAUAUUUGGCACGGCUUCUUUGAGGUGCAGUACAUUCACAGAGGAGGUGUUAUACCGACUCAAUUUCUUCUUCAUCGUACACAGCUUCUGCAGACGUUAUUGUGAGGAACAUUCAUUCUCCUGGUUAGGGUGCCAAUAGCACAGUGACCUGCUAUAACAGCUGUGCCUACGCUGGUAGUUGAUCUGUUGAAUCCAAGUAGACAUUUUGCCCUUUUAAGAUUCAGUUUUGGCCCGAGCGCUUUGAAGCUCUGCAGUUAGUAGUCAGAUACCACCUGCUAUUAGUUUCCGCGAUUGCGCUCAAAUCAAUCGCAGUACAUUUAGAGGAAUGCUUAUGUCCUCUGACACUCACUGAAGGUCAAGCUCAGAACCUUCCCUUGCACACUCAUCGGCUCUUGCGUUUCCCUCCAUUCCAGAGUAACCGGGGACCCAACAGUUACGAUAAUUUCUUCAGUAGUGGAUCAUAAACUCUAGCGAUAUUACAUAUUAAUAAAAACUAUCGAUGGAUAUUUCAUUUAACAGCAGAACUUAAAAGUUUAAAUUUCAACUAAUAAUAACAAUUUAUCCGAAUAAGAGAUACAAACUAAUCGACGGAGGACUGUUACAAUGAGGUUGAGCAAUUAUUGAAGACAAUUAAAUAAAUCCUAGAAAAUACUUAAAUAUUAUUCCCCAUAUCUGUUUUAGCUUAAACUCAAAGCUUGCUACUUAACUGAUUAUCUUUCCUAUAUAUUGUUUCUACAACGUAAAUAUAAGUAUAGUUUUUUAAAAAUGGCACAGUUCUUAAACCGCUUGGUAAAACUUGGCAAAGAUGAAUGAGAACAUGAAUUGACAAAAAAACAAAAAAUGUGUUUUAUAAACUAAAAUGUUUAUGCACUAUAUAUACAUAUAUGCAUAUGUAAAGCAGGGUGUUUCAGUGAGAGACUUUAUUUCUAUUUAUUGUAAAAGUGAAGACAUUUUUCCAGGUUUUUUUGCGUGCUGAAUACGUCUGUGAGGGCAGAAAGGGUUCCGUCACGCAACGUUUUUGAAAUAAAGUUAGCAUUUUAGAGCUAUACACUAACAUACUAACUGGUCUAUUAACAGAAAUUCUAAGAGGAUCCAAGGUUUUUUAAAUAUGUAAUCAGGAAUCCAAAUGAAUCGUCUGCUCAUAGUUUGUUUGUAAGUUCUCUCUGUAUACUCGUGCUCUUCGGGCUACGCUGCGUAUACGUAAUUAAAAUGCCAGCUGCAGUUGCCUUUAAAGCUUUAGUGUUUUUUCAAAAAAUCUUCAAUUUGGAAUUCAAUUCAUUUUAAAGAGCAAAUAUUAUAUUCCAGUUUCUAAUUAUAGCGAUAGCUUUAGUAAGGCAGCUAUCAGCUGUGGAAUUUUCUAAAAAUCACUGAACGAGUUACCUCUCAGGCGCAUAAACUUUUUUAAUUCGAAAAUGUAACGUACUUGAAAGUGGUCGACCGUAGACCCAUGUAAAGCAUGCAAAAUUUAUACAGAAAUAUGAGGUUCCAUCUUAUCUGCUAAGUUUAUGCAGUGCUGUAUAUUUAAUAAUAAGCAGCACAGCUUGAAUUUUCCUUCGAGCAGUUAAGUCAAUUGCAUGGGCUUUUAAAAAGAAAAACACUUUCUUGUAAUUCAAGCAGAUAAAGUGAGAUAAUCGGGUGUAAAUGCCUCUACAAUAUUUGUACUUAGUUUUCCAAUGUCAAAGCUCAUUGUCGAUGAAACAUAGAGUGACAAUAAAAAUGUAUUCGCCUUGCGGAAACAUCCUGUUCUGCAUCUACAGCAAAGAUUACAAUCGUGAUCGCCAAUUUCUCAAUGAAUAGAUAAAAUCCUACGACUACAUACAAACGAAUUUUCCAAAUAUUUAAAACGUGGCAUAUUUGGUGCGUUAGAUUGGGCGCAUUGGUCAAAACCACUCCAACACUACACAAACUGCUUAUGCUCGCUUGUGUUUUCUUAUGCGAGAUCAUUAAAAGCUUAAUUUCUUUAGUACAUAGCGGUUAUAUGUCAAAAUAUAUAAAGCACUAGUAAUACAUUAUGCAAAGAAAAUUUUGUCAUUUCUAAGCUUAUGCCAUAAAUAAUAUUUAUCUAGACCUUGAAAAAUCGGUCCUAUGAAACGUAAAAGCUCACAACUCGUUAGUAUGCUUUAUAAAAUAGAGAUGUAAGAAUGCAAUGAAUGCAAAAAACCACAUAACGAUAAUACUCUUAAAAACUAUUUACUUAAAUAAAAAAAAUUACUUUUAAGCGUCUAAUUAAAGGCGAUGCGUGUAUUAGAAACGCACUACUACAUUUAGACUCGUACAGUUGAAAUACUUUAUAUUAUUCUACAUAUGUGUACGUAUAUCAAUUAACAUGUGUAUGUUCUUCGUGUAUACUGCUUAUUAAAUAUUUAUAUAAAAAGUUAAAUAAUUAAUGGAUAAACCAAAAAUACCCAAUAAAUUUAGU